AAAUGUAUGUACUCCAUUGAGAUUUAACCUGAUGACGGACCAUUUCACUAAUUCUUGAGCAGAUGGCUUGUCCCCUGCGUGUCAGACAACUGGUGUGUGUCAUUCAGGAAUAAAUUAACCUCUGACAUCACCGUCAGACCACGGAUUCGCUUAGCGUGAUUGGCUAGGUUAAGAGCGUUGACGAUAUUGAUACAUGUCAGGUACACAAUGCACUUGGGAUGCGUGUCGGUACGGCCUUUUCGAGCGAACAAAAUGUUAGCAUAGAUGUCUGAACAAGAUCUAAAGAUAACGUGAAUACUGUCCCGUAAGACAUUUGAAGAUUAUUGUCAUUUCCUCGUAUUUACUUACUAAACAGUGGAAAACGUACUAAGACCCUGACUAUUCUGCUAUUAGCCCGAGUGAUCUCUUAAGGAUAUUCUUUAAAGUGAUUUUCGGUGACGAUGGUUUUGCAUCAAUUGGCCUUUCCAUGCCUCACAAGGUCUCAGGUGAAGUCUCAGUUGGAACUCAAGAGAAAUACCCUUGAAGUUUAAUUUGUUGUUGUCACUGGUGAGGCAAAAUCACAUUUAGGCCAAUGAUAGUGCAGCUUGGUUUUCUAUUACCCAAUGCGCAACAAAUAGGCGGGCUAAUGUGACAACUCCAGGUUGAAUCGUUCAACCCACCGGUGUCCCUUGUAGCCUUAUCUGGACCGCAUUGCACAACUAUGGGCAGUGUAUUGGCUGCCAGCUCCCCAAAUCCACCGCCUGCUGCAGGUGGUGGUGCUCAGGGGGGCACUGGGUUGGUAAAUGUGCCCCCAGGAUUCACUAUGCCCCCAGUGUCAUCAGUCCCCCCAGGCCCUGGUACUGCUACCCAAGAAGGCGACACAGAGAGUCCCCCUCCAAACCCAGGCACCUUUGAGGAGUGCCACCGAAAAUGCAAAGAGGUCUUCCCCCUUCAGAUGGAAGGCGUGCGACUGGUGGUAAACAAAGGCCUGAGCAACCACUUCCAGGUGAGUCACACAGUUACUCUCAGCACUGUUGGUGAUUCAGGCUAUCGCUUCGGCUCCACCUACGUGGGCAGCAAGCAGACUGGCCCUGCAGAGUCUUUCCCAGUUAUGGUGGGAGACAUGGACAACACUGGCAGCCUCAACGCUCAAGUGAUCCACCAGCUGGCUGAUCGCCUGCGCUCCAAAGUGGCCAUGCAGACACAGCAGCACAAAUUCGUGAACUGGCAGUGUGACACAGAGUACCGCGGCGAUGACUUUACAGCGGCCGUUACCAUCGGGAACCCGGACAUCCUCGUGGGAUCUGGCAUUGUGGUGGCACACUACCUCCAGUCGUUGAGCCCUGCUCUGGUGCUCGGCGGUGAGCUGGUCUACCACCGGAGACCUGGAGAGGAGGGCACCGUCACGUCACUCGUGGGCCGGUACAGCGGAAGUAAUUAUAUCGCCACGCUGACGGUGGGAGGUGCCGGCGCACACGCAUCGUACUAUCAUAAAGCCAAUGAGCAGUUACAAGUGGGUGUUGAAUUUGAGGCCAGCACACGGAUGCAAGACACAAGCGUGUCCUUUGGCUACCAGCUGGAUGUUCCCAAAGCUAACCUGCUUUUCAAAGGUUCGGUGGACAGUAACUGGAUCGUGGGUGCCACUCUGGAGAAGAAGCUACUCCCUCUCCCACUCUCCCUAGCUCUGGGCGCCUUCCUCAACCACCGCAAGAACAAGUUCCAGUGUGGUUUUGGCAUCACCAUCGGUUAAAACCAACUCGGUGGGGGCCCCCUAAACUCCCCCCCCUCCACCACCAGUUGCCCAGCAGGCCCCAUGCUCCUUAGCCAAGCCCGAGCUGGAGCCAAGAGGCGCAGGGACAUGGAUGAGACAGUGGCCAUGGAUGGACACGCACACACACACAUGGACAAGCACACACACAUACAUACACACACACACAGAGACAUAAACACAUGCACGUACACACACAUACACAGACAUAAACACAAGUUCUCAGCAACACAGUAUUUCACUCCUUACAAGUAUCAGCUACGCUGAAAACAUGUUGGGGUGCAAACUAGAGUC